AUGAUGAUUUCUGAUGCCCACACCCGCACCGACAACAAGGCCGAUCUCUCCUUCUGUAUCCUAUGGUCCCCAUUACAUCCAAUCACUCUUCUAUUCCCGUUCAUAGGGCAUACUGGGAUCUCUAACAGCCAUGGCGUUGCCUCGGACUUCCAAGGUCCUUAUUUUAUAGGAGAAUCUCAGCAUGGAAGGAGGAUGGCCUUUGGAGCGCCAACGAGAUAUCUCAAGAUUGAUAUUGGACAGCUUCCAGGAGGAGCGGAAAAAUGGGAUGAAUGCGUUGAAGAGGCAAACCAGGUCUACCGAGGACGAAUGCAUAAUAUUUGCUGUGAUAACUGCCAUUCACACGUCGCCAAUGCUCUCAACCGAAUGCCCAUCAAGGCACCCCUGGGUACUUGGGGAAUGGUUCAAAUUGCAACCCUGAUGUUCUUCCAAGGAAGAUUCGUUUCCUGGUGGGGAGUCAUUCUUCAGUUUGGACCCUUCUUGUUUCUCGUUCUUGUCUUUCUGUGCAUCAAACUAUUGUGA